CCACUCAAACACCCCGCUGGGUUAUGACUAUAAAGGCGACUUCUUCCUGCGAAUCGUCCUUCUUCGGGCAACCAAGGGGAUCGUUGGUGCGUUUGAGUAGAGGACCAUACGACAGAAAACUUUUCUACCUUUUUCAGAAGAGCAAAGGAUUACAAAAUGGCUUACAGGAAAACGCAAUCUUCUUACAAGAAGAUGUUCGGCGGCGAUAAGCCCGUCACGGUUCGGUCCAGCAUUUCUAGCCGCAGUUACUCCGGCCCGGUGCGCUCCAGGGGGUCCUGGAAUUUAUCCGCACCCCCGACCAUCUACGCCUCCAGCUCCUCCAGGCUGCGCAGCAGCGCGCCGCUGCCCAAGCUCGCCUCCGAAAGUAUCGACUUCACCAUCGCCGAUGCCAUCAACACCGAGUUCAAGACCAACCGCACCAACGAGAAGGCGCAGAUGCAGCACCUGAACGACAGGUUCGCCAGCUACAUUGAGAAGGUUCGAUUCCUGGAACAGCAGAAUAAGAUCCUGCAUGGAGAACUGGAGCAGCUCCGGGGAAAGGGCACGUCCCGCAUAGGGGACCUCUACGAGGAGGAGAUGCGGGAGCUACGGCGACAGGUGGACCAGCUCACCAACGAAAAGGCCAGGGUGGAAGUGGACCGGGACAACCUGGUCGAGGACAUCGAAAGAAUUAAAGAGAAGCUGCAGGAGGAAGUGAUUCAACGUGAGGAGGCUGAAAAUACCAUGCAGAGCUUCAGACAGGAUGUGGACAAUGCUUCCCUGGCCCGCCUGGACCUGGAGCGCAAGGUGGAGUCUCUGCAGGAUGAAAUAAUCUUUCUGAAGAAGCUCCAUGAUGAGGAACUGGCUGAGAUGCAGACCCAGGUACAGGACCAGCACGUGCAGAUGGACAUGGAGGUGGUCAAGCCCGAUCUGACCACCGCUCUGCGUGAUGUCCGGGUGCAGUAUGAGAACCUGGCAGCCAAGAACCUGCAGGAGUCUGAGGACUGGUACAAGUCCAAGUACAACGAUCUCUCUGAGGCAGCGGCCCGCAACGCGGAGGCCAUCCGGCAGGCCAAGCAGGAGGCCAACGACUACCGGCGGCAGGUGCAGACGCUCACCUGCGAGGUGGACGCCCUCAAGGGGAUGAACAAAUCCCUGGAGCGUCAAAUGAGGGAGGUGGAGGAGAACUUCUCCAUGGAGGCCAAUAACUACCAGGACACCAUCGCGCGUCUGGAGGAGGACAUCCACAACAUGAAGGACGAGAUGGCGCGCCACCUGCGCGAGUACCAGGACCUGCUCAACGUCAAGAUGGCGCUGGAUAUUGAGAUCGCCACCUACAGGAAGCUGCUGGAGGGCGAGGAAAACCGCAUCAGCACUCCUCUGCCCAAUUUUGCCGCUUUCAACCUGAAAGAUGCCAUCGUUGAGGCCAAGCCUAUGAUUGACAGCUAUACAACCAAGAAGGUUGUUAUUAAGACCAUUGAGACCAGAGAUGGUGAGGUGCUCAACGAGUCGACCCACGAUGACCUGGAGUGACCCCUCGGCACAUGGAGCGCGAGGAGAUGGCAACUGUGAAAAAGCAGCGAUGGAGGACACGCACUUCCAGAGGGAGAGCAAGAACUAGGAAAGAAAACUACGUUUUAAAGAUGAAAUAACACAGAAAAAGCUUUAAAGUGCCUUCUGUUAGGUGUAGGUGCUGUAGGCAUGAACUAUAGCUUUGAAGAACAAUCCUUAUAGCAAAAUUUAUAUUCAGACACAGAAUAAAUACCAAAUACACAACAGCAAUAUUUUCUGCGGUAGUAGACAUUUUCAUUGAGAGCUUUUUGUUGCCACACAGAGCACAACAAACUGUACACCAAUAAACCUUUGAAAAAAACA